ACAGGGCCACCUCAAUCUCUAUGUGCCACAGUCCUCUUCAUUCGCCCAAGUCCCAACCGCAACCGACCAAGAAGAGAGGGAUGGCCGUGAAGAUACAAAAAUGGCUAAGCGUAUCGACGCCUCUAAAGCUUGUGACCCGACACGACGGCGUUUUCGUCCAGCGUCUCCUGCACAACGGCCCUGACACCGUGGAAGAGCUCUUAGACCGUCACUUGGUCAAGAAAGAGAAGCCCCUCGACGACGACGAGGCCGAGUUGGAGACUCGGCGUCGACUCACCAACACUCGGCGCGAGGCGCGGAGUCUCUACCGGGACAUCCUCCGGGCGACCCGGUUCUUCGCGUGGCCGGACUCGCGGGGCGUCCUCUGGCGAGACGUCCUGAGAGAGAACGCCCGGAAGGAGUUCGAGGAGGCCCGGUUCGAGACCGACCCGGAAAUCGUGACCCGAUUGCUCAUCGGCGGGCGUGAUGCUGUGCAGUCAGCUCUCGAUAAGCUCGUGGAGAAGCAGAGGCAGCAGAUUGAGAGGGAUCGCGGCGGUGGGGAUCGACGGUGAUCGCCGAUUCUGAUUUCGAUCUUCAUCUGCAAUUGAAAUCUUUGUUGUAAGUUGUGCAUAUGAAUUCUAUGAUCUAUUGGUCUUGAAUUGGGAAAGGCUUUAAUUACAUAUGAUAUUGGAUUUCGAACCUGGUUUUGUGGGUUCAUAUCUACACAAACAAUUCUGCAAUAAAAGUUGAAUUUUUUGAAUAUGCAAAAACCAAAUGCAUCCUUUGGGCA